AUGACCGUUGAAAAAGUUACGUACAAGAAAGUUACCAUACAAGUAAUAUACGACAAAACCUCACGCUUUAUGAUUUUCAUGGAGAUUACCGUGACUCCAGCAACGUCUGACUUCGAGGGUCUCGAGGCGAAUAUCCACCGAAGCCGUCGUCGCUCUUCAAGCUCGGGUAGCUCUUCGCCCGCCCAUAUCAGAAGCAACCUCAGCGACAACAGCUAUGUCGGCAUCCAGUCCGGAGCCCUCCUGGACUUUCAGAGCCCGAUGGAAGUGUCCACGUCCGUGGUGCUCUCCUUCUGCCGUAAACACGUUCUGCGGCACUACUUCCGCCUUCUCAUGCUGGUCGGCUGGAAGCCGCUCUUGGACACUGACAGGGGCGACCCGUGUUUCGUCGCCUUGUCCGCGGCCAAUGUCGCGUACAGUACUGCUGUGUUCGCGGUCCUUGUAAUGGGACACCUACUGCAGUACGCUGCGUGCUUUCGCAGAGACGGUGUACUCUCUUUCCGGGUGAAGAUGAGUACCCUUCUGACCACAAGCUGGAUUCAAGAAAGCGACAAGACAUGUGGAGGGAGCGUCUUCGCGGUAUACCUUCUUCCGGCGACCCUUCAGGUCAGCUCCUAUAUCGUCGCCCUGGUCCACAUGCGCUCGCACGACGACGAGCAGUUCCAGGCCCUCAUGGAGAAGGUGUUCCUCCAGAUGACCAUGACCGACGUGUGGCACAUCUCCAAGCAGCGCAUCACACAGCGCCUCCGGGGCGUCUACGUGGCGGGCAUCGUCUGGAUCUUCGCCUCCAUCGCUUCGCAGAUCCUCAACAUCCACGUGAACGGCGCCGACAACUUCGAGUGGCUCUUCGUGCCCGAAGACGAUGUCCGCCUUCACCACGUCCUACUCGGGCUGCUCUUUCUCACGGUCCUGUUUCACGACAUCGUGAGUAUGACCAUCGCCACGACCUACGCCAUCCACUGCCAGCUCGUGCUGGUGUAUCUGCAGCACAUGUGCCAGGCGGUCCGCGAGAAGCGGAUGUCCUUCCGCGAGCUCUACAGGGGAGUCGAAGAAGCCCGAAAGAGCGUCAAGUACCUCAACCAGAAGCAAGCGCUCGGCGUUACCAUUCAGAUGAUGUGGCUUUGCUCCAGGUCGGCCGUCUGUGUAUACGCUCUUUUGGACACCCCGUGGAGUCAGAUGACUCGCUUCUUUUCCGCUUGGUUGAACGUGCUCCUGUGGCUUUCGCUCGUGCUCAUACCGCUAUUUCAGGCUUGUCGGCUCAGCUCGACCUGUAACCACGUAAGAGAACUGGGGCUAGAGCUCAUGGCCCGACCCUUUGGGUAUGGCGACGCCCUUGAAGCCGACCUGAACACGAUGCUCCUCUUUACGUCGUCACUCAGGAUGCAGGCGAAGCUCUGCGCCCUUCCAGUAACAAAACGAUCGGUCGUGUUCGUGUUCCUUUUGUUAGGCCUCUCCUUGUUCAUAGCUGUCCAGCUUAACCUCGUCCGAUUCAGUCCCUAA